AUGGGCAGCACCCCCAAGGCGGACUCUCUCACAUCCAGCACUCAGGAUUUCUUUGGGCUCUCUGCCCGCACCAUCGACGGGCAGGUUGUCGAGUUCGGCCAUCUGCGAAGAGCCCGGCUCGUGCUGGUUGUCAACAUCGCCAGUAAGUCCCCUCUCGCCCCUCGGCACUUCGCCAGCCUGGUCCGCCUCUACCAGGCAUACGAGAGCCAAAUUGAGACCUUCAUUCUGGCCAACUUCAAGGUCCGCUUCAUCCUCCUUGAAAAGGCUGAAGUCAAUGGACCAAACCCGCACCCUGUCUACGCCUACCUACGAAUGAACGGGCCCCUGUACUCCAAGCGCACGCGCACCUGCAGACAGCUGCCUGGAGACUUCACCUACUUUAUGGUGGACCCGACAGGCAGAGUGAUUGCAAUGGUGGAACCUAGCACCCCGACAGGUGCCUUCGACCGCUACAUCCGCAAAGUGCUGGCUCGCUGA